AUGUCAAUUCCAUCCUUCAGAUCGUUGAUCGCGCGCGCACAUAUACCAAGUCAUAAUGUUGGACGACAGCAAGUACGUUGCUUAAGCAUCCACGAACAUCAUUCGCAAAACCUACUCAAAGAAUUUGGAAUUCCAGUGCCGCGGGGCAGCCUUGCGAAGACGCCACAUGAAGUCAAAGAAAUUGUUUCGAGUAUCGGACGAACAUGCUUUCUAAAAUCCCAGGUGUUAGCCGGAGGGCGAGGCAAAGGUUCCUUUGACAAUGGAUUGCGCGGCGGGAUACAAGCUGUUAAGAACCCAGAGGAUGGUUAUAGCAUCUCCGAGAAGAUGCUCGGCCACCAUUUGAUGACCCAGCAAACGAUCUCGGAAGGCCUACUUGUGGACAAACUAUACGUUACUGAAUCAGUCGAGCAUACAGAUGAGCUAUACUUAGCAAUGACAAUCGACCGCGCGAGGUACUGCCCUGCCAUCAUUCUUUCCAAAUCAGGAGGAGUCGAUAUCGAGAACAUAGCAAAGGAGAAUCCAGACCAGCUGCACAAAUACUGGUUCCAACUCAGCAGCGGAAUCACCCCAGAACUCGUAUCAGAGAUCUCAAGGGAUCUGGAUUUCACCUCUGUCGAGAAGAAUAACAUGGAGAGAAUACUGAAGAACCUGUUUGAACUGUUUGUGAAGAAGGACGCAACCCUACUGGAGAUCAACCCACUGGCCCGUACCGCGGCAGGCGAAUUCGUCUGCUUAGAUGCAAAAUUUAGGUUUGAUGACGCCGCGGGAAAACGACAGCCAGAAUUGUUCGCCCUUCGUGAUGUGACUCAGGAGGUAGAUGAUGAGGUUGCUGCAGAGAAAUUCGGCUUGGUGUAUGUACGUCUCGAUGGAAACAUUGGGAACGUGGUAAAUGGUGCAGGAUUAGCAAUGGCGACUAACGACGCCAUAUCACUGUACGGUGGAAGGAGCGCAAAUUUCCUGGAUGCUGGUGGGCAAGCAACUAAGGAGACGAUGCAACGAGCGUUCGAGAUCAUCUUGAAAGACCCCAGAGUCAAUGUGAUACUCGUGAACAUCUAUGGAGGCAUCAUUCGAUGUGAUAUGAUCGCUGAAUCCAUCAUUGCUGCCGCCGCUCAGAUCGGUCCGUUACGUGUUCCUCUGGUUGUGCGACUCCAAGGGACGAACUCUGAGGCAGGGUUGAAACUGAUUGCGGAAUCGGGUCUAGGCCUGCAUACAGAGAGUGGGUUCGGCGAAGCAGCUCGAAAGGCGGUGGAACUUGCGCGGCUUGCGUAG